AUGAAUGGGAACAGACAAAUGGAGGUGCAUUAUAUAGACACUGGCUUUCCUUACACUAUGACUGAAAGCUUUAUGGAUUUCUUUGAAGGACUAACGCAUGCUCCAGUAAAUUAUGCUCACACUGGACCCAUGCAUGAUCAGGACAAUGCAUAUUGGUCGAUGAAUAUGAAUGCAUACAAAUUUGGAUUUUCUGGUCCUGGGAGUACUUCUUACUACAGUCCAUAUGAGGUAACUGAUAAUUUACCAAGAAUGGAUGUCAGCAGGACAGCCUGGGAAUACCCUUCAGUAGAGAAUGCUGAAGAGCCCACAACCACAGACACACAGUUUGAAGAAGAUGAGGAAAUGGGAGUGCAUACCAUACCCGAAGAAAGCAUUUCAAAUCAGCCAACCACCAAUAGUCCGCAGGCUCUUUGGCAAGAUGAUGUCGAACCAGAUAACAUGACGUAUGAGGAAUUGCUAGACUUAGGAGAGACUGUUGGAACUCAAAGUAAAGGUCUUUCUCCGGAACUUAUCAGCUUGCUUCCAACCUCAAAAUGCAAGUUUGGAAGCUUCUUCUCAAGAAAAAAAUCUGGGGAAAGAUGUGUAAUUUGCCAGAUGAAAUACAAAAGAGGGGAUAAGCAAAUAAAACUGCUGUGCAAACAUGCUUACCAUUCUGAAUGUAUCACCAAAUGGCUUGGCAUCAAUAAGGUAUGCCCUGUUUGCAACAAUGAGGUAUUUGGAGAGGAAUCAAGGAACUAA